UUAAAGCCCGGAUAAGUAAAAUUUUAAUUUUUAUUUUUUCUAUUAUUUAACAUUUACGCUUUGAAGCUUAUCAAAGAGACGAAAUUUCGCAGUUUUUUUCUAAAGCUGCAUCAUCAAAACAAAUAUAUAUAUAUAUAUAUACAUUAAAUUUAUCAGUUGGGUAGUAAUAAUCUAAAGAAUUCGUUAAGUGAAAUCACGAUUGCAGCUGAGUUUGAAUUCAGGUAUUUAAAUAACACAUUCCAUACGGACGAUAGAUUUGACAGAUAGAUAAGCGACGAACCGAUGACUAAAUAAUUGCUAUUGAUAAUCAUAACGAAUAAGGGUAAAAUGUCUCGAGCGGAUAUGAAAUCAGUUUAUCAGGCAUUAGAUCCGAUUAAAUACUUAUAACGGUUCACUUAAUCGCUUCGAUUAUUUAGAUCAAGAGAAGGCUUAUUGUCUGAUCAGAUUCAUUAGUGAGGAUAAAUAUGUAAAGAAAAAAAGAAACCUGAAUAACUAUUGCAUUUAUACCGAAUCUUAUCACCUUGUACUCAAGCAUUUGAAACGAAUGAAAGAGUGCAGGAGAGGAAGGUAUAACAAACUACUCUUUUCCUUGGGCAUUGUAAGGCGCUUGGGUUGUUGAUCCGUCCGCUAUUUUAUCCAUCGCAACAAAAAGUUAUUUUAAUAAACGGCCAUAUACACGGAGGAGAUAGAUCAACACUAGUCCCGUCGAAAGCGAAAAAGAUUGACAUGAGCUCAUAUCCGCGAUUGCUAUAAUUGCUUCAGUGGGUCCAAAAACAUCGAAGACAAAUAACUUAGAUCAAUUCACGACAUACGAUUUGUUUCUAAAUUUCAUGAUCACAUAAAGAUAAAUUCAAAUUCCAAGAAGAUCUCAAUCAUAUCAAAUCUCAUAUGUUCUUUAAGGAGCAUUUAAAAUUUCAAACUACAUAUAUUGCACGAGCGGACGCGUGAUAUCAAAAGAGUCAUCUUAAUUUCAAUAUAAUUACUUAUCUUUUUAUACACAAUGUCUCUGACAUCACAUGUCAUUAUUCAGAUUUUGAAUUUUAAAUUCGUUCUUGUACGCAAUAUCAUAAGGGGCCGUUUAAUGUGUGUGUGUGUGUGUGUGUGUUUGUGCGUGUUUGUGCGUAUUUGUGCGUGUACUUGGUAAAUCGUUCCAAAUACGGCACUCACGAUCCAAAUGUCAUUCAUUUGGGUAAUUGCUCCUGCGGCUAAGAAGUUCUCUACUUUUCAUGCGUUGUGCAACGCUCAGAGCUAUACAUCAAGUACCGCUCGAUAUACAAUCUUAAUUGACAAGGAAUUUCAUAUGUAAUGUUGUGACGUGUCUCCAAACUUAUAUAUUAUUUUCUUUUUAUAUAAAGGAUACUGAACUAAAGAAUAUUAGUAUGUGACCCGCCACCCAGAAAUCACAUAAAGACGGCUUCGUUUUUAAUAGUUUCUGGUGAAAAUUAGUCCACCGUAGAUAUUUGUUAUAUGAAGUUGGACCAGAUGCGUAUACUUUUCGCCCUUUUUUUUUUUUUUUUUGUAUUUUAUAAAUGGAAUAAAUAAAUUUACCCGCCGCAGGUAUAGUUUUUAAGCUUUUGAUGAAUCCCUAAUUAUACCUUACAUCACUUGUAGUAAUGAUAUAGCAAGUUUAGAACGGAUCAGAAUGAUUUGAAAUAGUCUUGGCUUUUCUGUUCGCCUGUAGGCUAAACUACAAGUCGAUACCUUUGAGAUGUUUAAAGAAAUUGAUAUAUUUUGCUCCACAUAUCUAAUCGUAUCAAAAAUUAAUCGAGCAGAGCAUUCUCACUCCUCACUCGUCAUAUGCUUGCAAGCUUGCAAAAGUUUUUAUAUAUAAAGAAAAAAAAAAAACAUUAUUUGCGCAAUAUUUCGAUAGAUAAAACGGGGAUGAAAAAUGUGAAUUGGAUAGGAAGAGUAUGCUUUAAAUACCUUCUCAUGUCCUACAAGACAACAAACCUUAAUUUUUAAUUUUUUUUUUUUUAUUCGUUAUUCUUUAAACACUGUACUUUACUUUAGAAGACUGUAGUGCUAGGUAUUCAAUAUUCGAUCUUAUCCGACUAUAAUGUUCUAAUAAAACGCUUGAAAUAGUUUAUUAGAAAUGGAUGAAAAUGUUCAUUGAAUCAUUAAGAUAUUCAAAUACAUUGGAGACGUUAUUGUAACAAGUUUAUGCAGAAGCAAACUUAACAAGGUCGCAUUUAUUUUUCCAAUAAAAAUCUUUGUUUGCCUUCGAAACCUCGAUUCGAGAGAUUAACUCAAAUAUUUCAUCGUUCGUAAUUAGAAAUUGUUGAUUGAGUUGUUUUUAAUAAAUAAACUAACUUAAUGAUAAGAAACGAACGAACUUUUCCAUUAAAUUCAUUCUUUACUUGCUUGCAUCCUGCUAAGAUUUUUCGAAUUGUUCCGUCGUUCAGUUUAAUUUUUAAUAUUCAAAGUAUAACAAUCUCUCUCAAUGGAAUAGCGGCGUGUAAACUCAACAUGAAAAUAAUUCAAAUUUUGUUUAUAACUCUUAUUGUGUAUUGUUUGUAUAAUGAAGCGUCAUCUGUACGCGGCAGUAUACGUCGCAGUGCCGUUAAUUUAAAUGAUUCUGAUGAAGACGAUCACGAUAACGACGAGAAUGGUGAUGACGAUAACAACAAUGAUGAUGACAAUGAUGAUGAUGAUGAUGAUGAUAAUAAUAAUGAUAAGAAAAACGCAAUUGAAAUAGACGCAAGCAAAGAGCAAUUACCUAUAGCAUCAAUUAAAUCGCGUGCAAUAGCUAUGGAUCGCGAUCUAUGUCGGAUAUUAUCACGUUACCAUCCGCAUUAUCCUCGCUGUUAUAAUUAUUGUGAAAAACUCGGUCACUGGAUGGGCAUGUGUGUACGCAACAGUUGCCAUUGUUAUUCAUAAUUAAAACAUUAAUUGAAAACUUUGUCAUUCAAAAUUAAACAAACGUAAAAAGAUUAACGUUUACCUCUUUACCUCUUUACUAUUGCUUUUCCUAUGCCGCUAGCUAGAAUCAUUUCAUGUUUUCAUGUGAUCAUAUAAUAAAGUGCCUAAGGGUCCUUCCUAACUUCAAACAAAUAUAAAAAGACCUUAAUCUACAGUCGUGUGAAAAAGGUGCCAUCACAAUUAUUUGAAAGGUGCAGGCAAAGCCUAAUCUAAAAUGCGUUAAGGUGCACACGAAUUACGACAAGAAAAUUUUUCCAGAUUGAUUUUUUAAGGAAACUAACUAAACCAUUCUCACAAUAAAUUUUACACAGAAUUUCAAAUCACUCUAAUUAGAAACUCAUGAAGAGAGGACUUUACUGUGAGGGUUGUUUUAACCACACAAAGAAAAAGUCUUUUAAUAAUAUAUAAGAAAUCAAAUAUUAUCUCUCUUUCUCUUUCUCUUUCUCUCUCUCUCU